CCCUUCUGUCAGAGGGCUGUCGGGUUCUUGGCUGACACACCUCCAGCGACUGCUGUUGCCAAUAGAUGUCGGAGAGGAGGGAACUUGUAGUGCACGAAUCCUACUUAUAUAAACUUCAUGUGCCUUGGCUCAGGCAGGAAACAGGGAAAAACUGUGUGUGAGAAUGGCGGCGCCACUCAGUGACCAAGAGAAGAGAAAGCAGAUAAGCAUUAGGGGAAUAGUGGGAGUUGAAAACGUCGCGGAGCUUAAAAAGGGCUUUAACCGCCACCUGCAUUUUACUCUGGUUAAAGACCGAAAUGUGGCGACGCAGCGAGACUACUAUUUUGCCCUCGCACAGACGGUUCGAGAUCACCUGGUUGGAAGAUGGAUCAGAACUCAGCAGUUUUACUAUGAGACCGAUCCAAAGCGUGUGUAUUACCUCUCGUUGGAGUUCUACAUGGGCCGAACCCUGCAGAAUACUAUGAUCAACCUUGGCCUGCAGAAUGCCUGUGAUGAGGCAAUAUACCAGCUGGGCUUGGACAUGGAGGACCUGGAGGAGAUGGAGGAGGAUGCUGGACUUGGGAAUGGAGGUUUGGGCAGACUGGCAGCAUGCUUCUUGGAUUCGAUGGCCACCCUUGGCCUUGCAGCAUAUGGGUAUGGCAUUCGUUAUGAAUAUGGAAUCUUCAACCAGAAGAUCAAAGAGGGUUGGCAGGUGGAGGAGGCUGAUGAUUGGCUGAGAUAUGGUAACCCCUGGGAGAAGGCCCGCCCAGAGUACAUGCUGCCUGUGCAUUUCUACGGGCGAGUAGAAGAGACUAAGGAGGGGUCCAAAUGGGUGGAUACACAGGUUGUCCUUGCCAUGCCAUAUGACACCCCUAUUCCUGGCUACAUGAAUAACACUGUGAACACCAUGAGGCUGUGGUCUGCACGUGCUCCCAAUGACUUCAACCUGCGGGACUUCAAUGUCGGAGACUACAUCCAGGCUGUUCUGGACAGGAACUUGGCUGAGAACAUCUCGCGGGUGCUCUAUCCGAACGAUAACUUCUUUGAAGGCAAGGAGCUGCGUCUGAAGCAGGAGUACUUUGUGGUGGCCGCCACGCUCCAGGACAUCAUCCGCCGCUUUAAAACCUCAAAGAGGAGCUCCUCCUCAGGCUCCAUCUCCUUUGAAACCUUCCCUGACAAGGUUGCCAUCCAGCUGAAUGACACUCAUCCUGCUAUGGCCAUCCCAGAGCUCAUGAGGAUCUUUGUGGACAUCGAGAAGCUGGACUGGGACACGGCCUGGGACAUCACCAAACGCACCUUUGCUUACACCAACCACACUGUGCUGCCUGAGGCCCUGGAGCGCUGGCCAGUGCAGCUGAUGGAGACCCUGCUGCCGAGACACCUACAGAUCAUCUACCAGAUCAACCAGAAACACCUGGAUAAAAUCACUGCUCUGUUUCCUAACGACAUGGACAGGAUUCGCAACAUGUCCCUGAUUGAGGAAGAGGGUGGGAAGAGGAUCAACAUGGCCCACUUGUGCAUCGUGGGAUCCCAUGCUGUGAAUGGAGUUGCUGAGAUUCACUCCAACAUUAUAAAAACAGAUGUGUUCCGGGACUUCAGUGAGUUGGAACCUGACAAAUUCCAGAAUAAAACCAAUGGAAUCACUCCCCGGCGCUGGCUGCUGCUCUGUAAUGCUGGGCUGGCUGAACUCAUUGCUGAGGCUAUUGGGGAAGACUAUGUGAAAGACCUCAGUCAGCUACGGAAGCUCAAUGACUUUGUGGAUGAUGACAUUUUCAUCCGGGACCUCUCAAAGGUGAAACAGGACAACAAGCUGAAGUUCGCACAGUACCUGGAAAAGGUAUACAAGGUGGAGAUCAACCCCUCCUCCAUGUUUGACGUUCACGUGAAGAGGAUUCAUGAGUACAAACGGCAGCUCCUCAACUGUCUUCACAUCAUCACCAUGUACAACCGCAUAAAGAAGGACCCAAAGGCACCCUUCGUACCCAGAACUGUAAUAAUUGGUGGCAAGGCAGCUCCUGGGUACCACAUGGCUAAGAUGAUCAUCAAACUCAUCACCUCUGUGGCUGAGGUUGUGAACAAUGACCCUGUGGUGGGAAACAAACUCAAGGUCAUCUUCCUGGAAAACUACAGAGUCUCUCUGGCUGAGAAAGUGAUCCCAGCCACCGACCUGUCCGAACAAAUCUCCACCGCCGGUACAGAGGCAUCAGGAACUGGCAACAUGAAGUUCAUGCUGAAUGGUGCCCUGACUAUCGGCACCAUGGACGGUGCCAACGUCGAGAUGGCUGAAGAGGCUGGCAAGGAAAACCUCUUCAUCUUUGGCAUGACUGUGGACGACGUGGCAGAGAUGGACAAAAGGGGCUAUGAUGCCAUGAAGUACUACAAGGAGCUCCCAGAGCUGAAGCAGGUCAUGGACCAGAUCAAAAGUGGAUUCUUCUCUCCCAAGCAGCCAGAUCUCUUUAAAGACAUCAUAAACAUGCUCUUCAACCAUGAUCGGUUCAAAGUUUUUGCAGACUAUGAAGACUACAUCAAGUGCCAGGAGAAGGUCAACAAGCUUUAUCAAAACCCAAAGGAGUGGACCAAGAUGGUGAUCAAGAACAUUGCCGCCUCAGGAAAGUUUUCCAGUGACCGCACCAUCACAGAUUACGCUACAGAGAUCUGGGGGGUGGAGCCAACUGACCUGAAGAUCCCACCCCCAAAUGAACCCCGGGAGGCCAUCGAGGAGACGGCCCGGGCCUUGAAAAAGAUGUGAAACCCUCAGGGGUACCUGAGAACAGGAAAAACUAGUGAAACAUUCCUACUAGAUUUGCAGAGCUGAAAAAAAGAGUUAGAUUGCUAUGUACGUUUUAGGCUCUGCUUGAAAGUUGCAAAAAGUUGUACAGCGGCACUAAUUCAAGGUGAAGCCUCCAGUUAGUCUAAAUUCAACAGACUGCAGUCUGUAGCUAUGGAUUUGCUCACCUGUCAGCACUAAUGCAAAUGUUUUGUACACUGAAUUCGCUCCUGGCUAGCACUUUGUUAUUGCCUGUAUGCACAUUGCACAGUGCCUACUUCCUGCUCAGU